CCCUUUCCGGCGGAAGUGGAUGUCAGAGACUCCACGUGCUGUCCCUACCUCUACCGGCUCAGACCCGCGGCUCUGCUGCUGCCAUGGAGCCCACCGGCCUGGAGCAGAUCCUUCGGGAGUUACUACUGCCAGACACCGAACGCAUUCGCCGGGCCACAGAGCAGCUCCAGAUCACCCUUCGGGACCCUGCCUCCCUUUCGGCGCUCUGUGACCUUCUGGCUUCAGCGGCCGACCCUCAGAUCCGUCAGUUCGCGGCUGUGCUGACACGCAGACGACUGAGUACUCGCUGGCGGAGACUCGCCGCGGAACCUAGGGAGAGCCUCAAGUCCUUGGUCUUGACAUCCCUGCAGAGAGAGACUGAUCAUUCUGUGACCCUCAGCCUGGCCCAGCUCACAGCCACCAUUUUUCGGAAGGAAGGUUUGAAGGCCUGGCCUCAGCUCAUGGAGCUCCUUCAACACAGUACCCAUAGCUCUCACAUCCCAGAGAAAGAGAUGGGAUUUUUGUUACUGAGUGUGGUGGUGACCUCCCAACCUGAUGCUUUCCAAACUCAUCACCGGGAGCUUCUUCGACUUCUGAAUGAGACCCUUGGUGCAGUGGGCUCCCCGUGCCUACUCUUCUAUUCCUUGCGAACUCUGACCUCCAUGGCCCCCUUCCUUGGCACUGAUGAUGUGCCUCUUGCACGGAUGUUGGUGCCCAAGCUUAUCAUGGCUGUGCAGACCCUAAUCCCCAUAGAUGAGGCAAAGGCCUGUGAGAGCCUGGAGGCCCUAGACGAGCUGCUAGAGUCAGAGAUGCCCAUCAUCACACCCCACCUCUCGGAAGUCCUUAAUUUCUGCCUGGGGGUUGCUGGAAAUGUGGCCCUAGGUGAUGCAAUACGAGUACGCAUUCUCUGCUGCCUCAGUUUUUUAGUCAAAGUCAAGAGCAAGGCCUUACUGAAGAACCGUCUGUUGCCACCCUUACUGCACACACUUUUCCCCAUUAUGACUGCCGAGCCACCCUUGGGGCAGUGUGAUCCUGAGGACCAGGAUUCAGAAGAGGAUGAGAUGGAGAUGGGGUUGUCAGGAGAGACUCCCAAGCACUUUGCUGUACAGGUUGUGGACAUGCUGGCACUACACCUCCCCCCUGAGAAGCUCUGUCCCCAGCUGAUGCCCAUGUUGGAAGGAGCUCUGCAGAGUGCAAGCCCAUACCAACGAAAGGCUGGGCUCCUGGUACUGGCCGUGUUGUCUGAUGGAGCUGGUGACCACAUCAGGCAGAGACUGCUGGCCCCAUUACUGCAGAUCGUAUGUAAGGGCCUGGAAGACCCAUCCCAUGUUGUGCGAAAUGCUGCACUUUUUGCCCUGGGCCAGUUCUCCGAGAACCUGCAGCCCCAUAUCAGCAACUAUUCAGGGGAAGUAAUGCCGCUACUCCUUGCCUACCUAAAGUCAGUGCCACCAGGACAUGUACAACACCUAGCCAAGGCCUGUUAUGCCCUGGAGAAUUUUGUGGAGAACCUAGGGUCCAAGGUGCAGCCCUACCUUCCUGAGCUUAUGGAUUGUAUGCUACAGCCUUUGAGGAACCCCAGUAGCCCUCGAGUCAAGGAGCUGGCUGUGAGCGCCCUAGGGGCCAUUGCCACAGCUGCCCAGGCCUCCCUGCUGCCCUACUUCCCUGCUAUCAUGCAAUGCCUGCAGGAAUUCCUCUUGACAGGCCAUGAGGACCUUCAGCCUGUGCAGAUCCAGAGCCUGGAGACGUUGGGUGUGUUGGCACGAGCAGUAGGGGAGCCCAUGAGGCCCCUGGCUGAGGAAUGCUGCCAGCUAGGGCUGGGCCUGUGCGACCAGGUAGACGAUCCUGAUUUGCGGCGCUGCACGUACAGCCUAUUUGCAGCCUUAUCGGGAUUGAUGGGGGAGGGCCUUGCCCCUUAUCUGCCGAAAAUCACCACGCUUAUGCUGUUGUCAUUGCGCUCCACCGAGGGCAUCGUGCCUCAGUAUGAUGGCAGCAGCUCAUUCCUUCUGUUUGACGACGAGCGUGAUGGGGAAGAGGAGGAGGAGGAGGAACUCAUGGACGAGGACAUGGACAACGACGAGGACUCGGAGAUCUCAGGGUACAGCGUGGAGAAUGCCUUUUUCGAUGAGAAAGAAGACACUUGUGCUGCUUUGGGGGAGAUCUCUGUGAACACAAAUGUGGCCUUCCUUCCAUACAUGGAGAGUGUCUUUGAAGAAGUAUUCAGGUUGCUGGAGUGCCCUUACUUCAGUGUUCGGAAAGCAGCGCAUGAGGCCCUGGGUCAGUUCUGCUGUGCGCUGCACAAGGCCUGUCAGAGCUGCCCCUCAGAACCCAACACUGCUGCUCUGCAGGCUGCUCUGGCCCGGGUGGUACCGUCUUAUAUGCAGGCAGUCACUGGGGAACGAGAACGCCAGGUGGUGAUGGCUGUGCUGGAGGCUCUGACCGGUGUGCUGCGCAGCUGUGGGGCCAUUGCCCUGCAGCCUCCCGGGCGCCUUGCUGAGCUCUGCAGUGUGCUCAAGGCUGUACUGCAGAGGAAGAUAACCUGCCAGGACAGUGAUGAGGAUGAAGAGGAGGAUGAGGACCAGGCUGAAUACGAUGCUAUGUUACUGGAAAAUGCAGGAGAGGCCAUCCCUGUCCUGGCUGCUGCUGCUGGAGGAGAUGCCUUUGCCCCCUUCUUUGCUGGCUUCUUGCCACUAUUGCUGUGCAAGACGAAACAGGGCUGUACAGUGGCAGAGAAGUCGUUUGCAGUGGGAACCCUAGCAGAGUCCAUUCAGGGUCUGGGUACUGCCUCAGCCCAGUUUGUGUCUCGGCUGCUUCCUGUGCUGUUGAGCAGUGCCCGGGAGGCAGACCCUGAGGUGCGGAGCAAUGCUAUAUUUGGACUCGGUGUGCUGGCAGAACACGGCGGACGCCCUGCCCAGGAACAUUUCCCCAAGCUCUUGGGGUUCCUGUUGCCCCUGUUAGCACGAGAGCGCCACAUUCGUGUCCGUGACAAUAUCUGUGGGGCACUUGCCCGCCUUCUGAUGGCUAGUCCCACAAAGAAACCAGAACCCCAGGUGCUCGCUGCCCUCCUGCACGCACUGCCGCUGAAGGAGGACUUGGAGGAGUGGGUCACCAUCGGACACCUCUUCACCUUUCUCUACCAGAGUAGCCCUGACCAGGUUGUAGAUGUGGCUCCUGAACUUUUGCGAAUCUGCAGCCAGGUUCUGGCUGACAGCAAGGUCCCAGCAGAUGCCAAGGCCACACUGCUGCUGCUCCUGACCUUCCUAGCCAAACAGCAUGCUGACAGCUUCCAGGCAGCCCUGGGCUCACUGCCUGGUGACAAAGCUCAGGAGCUGCAGGCCGCUUUGGGCCUCACGUAG